AUGUCUUCUUCAGGCAAUAGCGGCACCCAAUCAGCCCCUUCCAGCUCUUUGUUCGCGCAGCAACCGGCUCCACAACAAUCGACUGGUGGAUUGUUCGGUUCAACAAACCAACAACAGCAGCAAACUCCAUCUGGCGGAGGCCUUUUCGGCUCGACUACGACACAACCGAAUCAGCAACAAGGCUCUACGACGGGUGGUCUUUUUGGAGCGUCGGGUCAGCAGCAACAACAGAAUCCCCAGGGAUCAUCGUUGUUUGGGGCAGCGACGACACAAGGGACCUCGUCUGGCGGUCUAUUCGGAAAUACCAGUGCUCAACCUUCGACCGGCACCGGCCUCUUUGGAUCGACCAAUACGGCGAACGCGCAGCAGCAGCAGCAACAGCAGCCAGCCCAGCAGAAUGGCGGUCUUUUCUCUUCAACUGCUCAAAAGCCCACAACCGGACUCUUUGGAUCCACCGCUCAACCUUCCUCGGCUCAGGGAUCUUCAUUAUUUGGACAGUCCGCUCAACCAGGACAAGUACCCCAAGGGACAGGUCUCUUUGGUCAGACCUCAACGAGUACGGCCCAACAACCUGCUGGAGGUCUGUUUGGCGGAGGGAGCAGCAGUCUGUUUGGUAAUUCCCAAUCUACUCAACCUCAACCACAACAAUCGUCGGGCUUAUUCGGAUCCACCUCUCUACAACCCUCCUCUGGCGCGGGCGGUCUCUUCGGAUCGACCUCUCAACCUCAGCAAAGCUCUUUGUUCUCCUCAACCAGUCAUACUCAACCUCAGUCAUCUUUGUUCCCUUCGACGGCUCAACAGCCGAGUCAAUCGGGAUUGUUCGCGUCGACCACGCAGAACCCUAUGAACGCGUCGGUAGCUGGAUCAAAGCACGAAUUAGAUAUUGAAUCGCGGAUGAUGGCUGUCAAGAACGCUUGGGAUUCAGCGUCUCCAGAAUGUCGAUUCAAGUACUUCUUCUAUAACAAGGUUGAUCCUGGAACAACGGGUCAAUACGGCCGACCGCCUGGUGCAAACGAUGAUGCGAAAUGGGCCAAGGCUAUGAGGGAUAAUCCGGAUCCGCAAUCAAUGGUGCCUGUCCUCGCGACUGGCUGGGCGGACGUCAAAAAACGAGUCGACAUGCAGGAAAAGAUUGCUAGUGUUCAUCAGGAGAAGAUCAAGGAGAUCUCCAUUGCCCUCUCCCAACUUUCCCGCCAGACAUCCCUUUCCACCUCGAUCCGCCUCGCUGCCCUCCAGACGCAACUCACGACUCUCAUGCACCGCUUGAUUCAUCUCGUCGCUCAGACACCUCAAUUUAUACCGAUCCUGCAGUCCACUGCGUUCAGACAAGAGGAAGCUGCGGUUGCUAAAGUCCUGGAAGGAGUCAAAGCCGAUCUGGAAGGUAAAGGCAAGGCAAAAGGCUCAGGUGCGCUGAAUAGGAGAGGCACGGGUGAAGGACGCAUGAUCGGGCAGGUGAAUGAGCUUUGGGGCUUAGUCGAGGAGAUUAGGAAGAUGCGCAAGGGCGUCGCUGCAGGAGCGAAUAGGGAGGGCUGGCUAGCCGAUGAACGUGCAUUGGCGGAGAUCGCAGAGAUCCUAUCCACUCAACAGAUGGCCCUUCAAAGGUUAUCGGAUUUGACGCAUGAUUCACUAUUUGACGCCGAUGUCAUGCUGCCAUCAAAAUGA